AUGGCUCCGGUCGCUGUACCAACUUUAGAGGAUCUGAGUAUAGCGGAGAAGAAGGAAGAGAAGAAACCUGAUGUGGUAGAUAACGAAGACGAAGAAGGAGACGAGGAAGAUGAUGUAGAGGGUGAUGACGCACCUGAAGCAGGAGAUGCUAAGAAAAAGAAGAAGAAGAAGAAGUCGAAAAAGAAGAAAUCUGCUACUGUCACUCAAUCUGAACCACCUCGAGUUGGAUUAAGUAAGAUAUACAAGAACGGUGUAUACCCCAUAGCCGAGGAGGUUGAGUACAAGAAUGAUACGACAUCUCGAAUAACAUCCGCCGAGAUGAGAGAGAAAGAACGUCUAGCUCAAGAAGACCCUUCUACCCGAUAUUCAAAUAUACGUAAAGGUGGUGAAGUCCAUCGACAAGUCCGAUCAUAUGUUCAGAAAAACAUAAAACCAGGCAUGAAGAUGACUGAAAUUGCCGAAAUGGUCGAGAACGGUACGAGAGCAUUGGUGGAGGAGAAUGGGUUCGAAAGUGGUAUAGGGUUUCCAACGGGUUUGAGUGUGAAUGAAGUCGCUGCUCAUUAUACACCUAAUCCUGGAGAUAACAAGAUACUGCAGAAAGGAGAUGUCUUGAAGGUAGAUUUCGGUGUACAUGUAAAUGGUCGAAUUGUCGAUUCGGCCUUUACGAUGAACUUUGGUGAUCCAUCUUGGGAUAAGUUGUUGGAAGCUGUGAAAGACGCUACAAAUACAGGUAUAAGUGAAGCCGGUAUUGAUGUGCGAUUAUGUGAUAUCGGAGAACGUAUACAGGAAGUGAUGGAAUCGUACGAAGUAGAAGUGAAUGGUAAAACCUAUCCUGUCAAAUCGAUAUCCAACCUCAACGGUCACUCGAUAACACCAUACAGUAUCCACGGAGCGAGGGGUGAUCUACCAGGAAAAUCGGUACCGAUCGUCAAACAGCAUGGAUCCAAUAUAGAUACUCAGCGAAUGGAAGAGGGAGAAUAUUUCGCAAUUGAGACUUUCGGUUCGACUGGUAAUGGAAGAGUAGAAGAACAAGGUGCUUGUUCACAUUACGCUUUGGCUCAACAUGCUCCUGAGAGAUAUACUGGACAUCAUCAAUCUGCUAAAACCCUUUUGGCCUCGAUCAAGAGGAAUUUUGGCUCGUUACCUUUCUGCAGAAGGUAUCUUGAACAUGUGGGAGAGAAGAACUACUUGCUUGCCUUGAAUACAUUGGUGAAAGAAGGGAUCGUUUUGGAUUACCCACCUUUAGUCGAUUUGAAGCCUGGUGCUAUGACUGCUCAAUUUGAACAUACUAUUCUAUUGAGACCCACAUGUAAAGAAGUCGUCUCCAGAGGCGAUGACUAUUAG